UCUAGAGGCUAAAGUAGAAGUUGAGGUCUGCGCAGGUAAAACAAAACAACUCAUUCAAGUUCAAAUAAUCAUUAAUCUUAUGUCAUCUAUAGGUAUUUUAAUUAUGGCCAGCACAAACUGGUACAAAAAUAUUCUCAAUGAUAAUAAAUCUUUACUUAUUUCCCUUAUAGGAACACCAGGUUCUCCAAGCACACCUGAAUCACCAAGCACUCCAGGAUCACCAAGCACACCGGAGUCACCAAGUACUCCAGGAUCACCAAGCACUCCAGGAUCACCAAGCACACCUGAGUCACCAAGUACUCCAGGAUCACCAAGCACACCUGAGUCACCAAGUACUCCAGGAUCCCCAAGCACACCUGAGUCACCUAGUACUCCAGGAUCACCAAGCACUCCUGGAUCACCAAGCACACCCGAGUCACCCAGCACACCCGAGUCACCAAGCACUCCAGGAUCACCAAGCACACCCGAGUCACCAAGUACUCCAGGAUCACCAAGCAC